UACCUGAGAUGUCGUUGUGGCAGGGAUCAGGUGGAAUUAGCGUAGAUAAACGAUGUAUUUCCCGAUUGGAUGGCCUAAAUAUCUAAAAGAAACUCAGAGAGAUUCCCCACCACUUCAAUAUGUUAUUAGUAACUGUGAUCGGAUGCUAUUCGCUGUACUUUCGGAAGAUACACUGAGUAUUUGGUAUUGCAAGCCCACAGUACAGAUCGUUAACUACACCCAGUCACAGCGCGACCUCGCCUGUCUCGGAGGAUUCUGCCUGGCAGAAUGGAAGCCCGAUUCAUCAAUGAUUGCGGUCAUGACGACCAAGCAACAUGUGAUGUUUUUCAAAGUGGACCUGGAUAUUUCCGUCGCUAACCAUCACUGUCUUUAUGUACAACAGGAGGGCCGAGCUCACCCAUCCAAACAGGACUUGAAUGGAAUCCCUGACAGUGAUAGUGUUCCAGCCAUCAAGCUUACUGCUGUGUUCCAGCUCAAACUCUCCAGCCAAAUUACAUGGUGUUUAUGUGUGAGAGAGGAGCUUGUAGUCGCCACAGCUGAUGGAUGUCUAAACCGAGUCAAAUGGAACGGCACACUCAAUGCCAAGGCUCGUCUAGUCCUUCAGGAUAUUCCAGUGUCAUUGGACUUCCAAAAAACUAAAGCUGCCAGACUGACAGCAGAGGAUGGUCAUGUUGUCCACAUGGAGUAUAGCCCCAUCAUCGGCGGCUACAUCAUGGUUCUGUCCAGUGGGCGUGGCCUGUUUGUCAUGCCACCCUCCUCGCGUGUUGACAACAGUGUGGCUCAGGGUGUUUGGAUUCAGGACUUGAAGGAUGCCACCUGUCUAUGUGUGAAUCACCGGUACAGAUUGAUGGCCUUUGGUUGUUGCAGUGGUCACGGGCAUGUGUAUGUCAUCAAUGAAUUGGAGGGAACCCUAGAAUUGUCACACAAACUGACUGUGUCCAGCAGGGAUUAUCCAGAUGCAGCACAGACAGCAGGUGCAGUUCGCUGCCUCAAGUGGACACCAGAUGGUACUGCGAUGGCGAUGUGCUGGCGUAAUGGAGGGUUUUCCCUGUGGAGUGUGUUUGGUUCUUUGCUGGUGUGUUCUCUUGGCGGAGACUACUGUUUUCCAAAUGAUGGUGUUCGUCUGUUUCCCCCUCCUGUGCGGUCAUUGGAGUGGGGGUUGGAGGGCUACCAGUUGUGGAUGGUGUGUGAGACGGUGGAGACAGAAUUGGAGGGAUAUGUGGGUUACCAUGGACACCGAGAUAUGUCACACAUCAUGCAGCUCCAGUUUGUAAAAAGUGCUUUAACUGUAAACCCUUGUAUGGCCAACCACGAGCAUGUGUUCCUACAGGGAGAAGACAAGCUUUACAUGAACACCAGUGAUGUUUCCCAAAAAUCUACUAGUCGCACAGAAUCUCACUUACUUGUGGGCAACAAACACUGGCAGAUCAUACCAAUAUCUCAUAGUUACCUUGCUACCAAUUGGCCAAUCAGAUAUGCUGCAGUGGACAGGAGUGGUCAGUAUCUGGCAGUGGCCGGUAAGACUGGACUUGCCCACUAUAAUUUCCUCAACAGAAAAUGGAAGCUCUUUGGUAAUGAGACACAGGAGCGGGACUUGGUUGUUUCAGGAGGUAUGGCAUGGUGGAAAGACUUUAUUUGUGUGGCGUGUUACAAUAUUGUAGGACAAAGAGACGAGAUUAAGUGCUAUCCUCGUAGCUGUAAACUAGACAACACAUUCGCCAUUAGUACGAAGGUGCCUUCCCAGGUUCUCUUACUAAACACAUUCCGGGACAUUCUCAUAGUGUUCUGUAUAGACUCGCACAUCAUGUUGUACAACAUGGAGAGAAAAAAUACUCAGUCCAAUCCACUGUUGGACAUCGUUAAAGUACAGGAAGUAUCCUUGAACAACUACGUGCCACACCCGGUGUGUGUGACAGGGCUGGCCCUUACCUCACUAAAGACAGAGUACGGUACAAGAUCAAACCAUAAUAACAAAGAAGCGGAGAGCUUACUGCUGAGUGUAGCAGGAAAACUACUCAUGUUCCAGAGAGAUGUGUCAGGGCCACAAGUCAAGGAUCAAAAAUCAAAUCAAACCAAACAUAAACCUCCACAGUUUUGUCCGCCGUCAGUAGUUGCCACUAAUGUGGAGAACAUGUGGACGACUUCACGAGCAAAUCAGGGCAAAAUGCAGCUGAUGGAGGCUUUGUGGUUAGGGUGUGGAGCUCAGGGUAUGAAGGUGUGGCUGCCUCUCUACCCUCGGGAUGAGACUAAGACCUUAAAUUUCAUGUCCAAAAGAAUCAUGCUGCCAUUCAGGGUGGAUAUUUAUCCGUUAGCGGUGUUAUUUGAGGAUGCUGUGAUAUUAGGGGCAGCGGGAGAUGCUUUAACUUACCAGUACAGCUCCCCGAGUGAUGCCUCCCCGAUGAAACCUACACAUUACUUACCUUUUUGUAUUCUGGAGAGAACUAGUCAGAUAUAUUUACAUCAUAUUCUCCGACAGUUAUUAAGGAGGAACCUAGGAGUGAAUGCACUUGAUCUAGCCAGGAGUUGUACAGAGCUGUCCUAUUUUCCGCACGUGUUGGAGCUCCUACUACACGAAGUCCUCGAGGCAGAGGCUACGUCUAAGGAACCCAUUCCUGACCCAUUGCUGCCAAGAAUUGUUGCAUUUAUCCAGGAAUUUCCAGAAUUCCUACAAACAGUUGUCCAUUGUGCCAGGAAAACCGAGGUAGCCCUAUGGCCAUACCUGUUUUCAUCUGUGGGAAACCCCAAAGACCUAUUUCAGGAGUGUUUAAUUAAUGGAAAGUUAGAGACGGCAGCUUCAUACCUCAUCAUCCUUCAGAAUCUGGAGAAACCCAUCAUCAGCCGGCAGCAUGCCACAUUAUUACUAGACUCAUCAUUGGAUAAAGGGAAGUGGGAUUUAGCUCGGGACUUGGUUCGAUUUCUCAAAGCCAUAGAUCCUUCAGAUGUAGACUCGCCCACAAAUCUGUCCUUAUAUGGGCGUGCGGCUGGCUACUCAAGCCCCCCAAUAUCCCCGCCUGAUGCCGAUGGAUUCAGCUUUACCAAUGUUAGUAACGUCAGUAAUAUCAAUCGUGUGCGAAGCUCCAGCGUGACCUCUACAGACCUGGUUCAAAAUGUAAAGGUCAAGGAAAAGUUAAAACACACUGUGUCCGACAACCCAGCCCACGGGAGAAGAAUGUCACCAAAGCCUAAAGAUGAUUCCACCGCUGACCAAGUGUACAUUGAUGUGAUCCUAUGUCGCCACUGCCGACGUCUUGUCGAGACAAACAGGAUGCGAGACAUGGGCUACUUUGCUGCCAAUAUGGAAGACUUUCAACUGGUGUCCUGGCUCAAACGAGAAAGGUUACGAGCAGCUAAGGUUGAAGAUUUUGUGACGGCGUUAAGAGACCUACAUCAACAGUUCCAGUGGCCAUUUCCUAUACUAUCGUACUCUGCCUUCCAACAACUUAAAAACAAAACUUUUUCAACAUCAAGUCUGGCUUCAGUGUCACUACUGGAGGAGGAGAUAGGGAAUGAAGAACGGGAUGUAUCAGCAGGAGAGAAAAGAGAGAGAGAGGAAGGGGGGACGUACAAUCAGUACCUCGGGACUACCAGGCAAGGUCCUAAUGAACAGAACUUGUCUCACUCUCUGUCAGACGAUAUCUUCCUCCGACCUCAGAUAUCACACACUGAGGAAAGUAGCCUUGCCACUAUGGAAGUGUCAGAUAACAGUUCUCUGUUGGGGGAGUUCGAGUACCUGGCUGAUGUCAGUAGCUGUACAGAACCCCUGUCACCUGAGCUAGAGAUUCUCUCUCAAGAGAUGGCCAACAAGGGACCCAUGCAGUCAGAAUUGGAACUCAGGUACUUGCUCCAGAUAUCUCUAGAGGCUGGAUGCCUGGAGUGGGCUCUCAUCUUUUCUAUAUUACUGCGCGAUGCUCUUGCCGUUGUGAGGACAGUCAACACUGCCAGUAUGACUGACACACCAUUGGAGAUCAUAGCCCGUAUGAGGGAGGGACUGUCCUACCUGGAACUGUGGUCAGAUACUGAGUGUCUCGGGUACAAGCCAUUCCUGCAUGCCAUUCGAGGACAGAUUCAAGUAUUAAAUAAACUAGUGGAACAGACAGCACCUACACUACAGCUAAGUACAACCCCAAUAGAAAGUUCUCCACUAGACGAGGGACAGAUUUCACCUGUGUUACAAGCCAUGCGUACAAUGGACAUUGACAAUACUGUAGAGAAUGACACUGAGAGCAAAGUCAAGGAGGAGAAAAGUAGUGAUUGUGUUGUGUCCUGAUAUUCAACAUAGCUGCCAAAUAUUUCAUGCAUUAACCACUGAAUACAUGUUGCUAUGGAUACAGCUAGUGGACCAAGAUUUUCAUAACUGUCAAUUGUCAUCACUUGUUAUUGUUUUAUGUGUGAGAUCAAGGUCUCUACAUGGAUAAGCAGUGUUACCAGUAGUAUAAAUUUCUCAUUGUUGAUACCAGUAUCAAAAUGGCCUACUUUUGGUGAAAAAAUCAUAUUUUCUGUAUGUAUGUGUAUACAUCCCCCCUUACAAAAACAUAGAUAUGAUUAGAAUGAUCACGCUGGGAUUAGGAAAUAAAAAUCUAACAACAUUAAAAGUUAAGGUAGGUAGAGUCCCAGAACUCAAAUGUGUACCUCUGUAUAAGACAAGUUCCAAUCUUUUUGACUUGAAACUGCAUGCCCAAUGGCUAUGUUGGAAUUAUUUUUGAAGAGUUUGUCUUUUCAGUGUGAAUUUUUGGCACAAGUUUGAAAAAUAAUUUAUUCUGCAUUUUCAAAGAUUUUUGAAAAUAUGUUCCUUCCUUGACCCUCAUCAUAACUUAAGGGAGGUGGAAUAUUGAAAAUUAUUUGUAACUUAAUUGUUACAGACAAAUUAAUUAACUUCAAAUUAUUGGAGAGUAGUGUAUAUAAAUUUGUAAUGAUAUAACUUUCUUCUGACACAUUUUGAGUAUUCUAAACUAGGUUGUAAUGUAUAGGUAUGGGGAAAAUAAGCCAUUUUGAUCAAUAAUGUUUUCCUCAUAAAAUCACCAGUAUUGAGAUUACAAGCUUUGUACAUUGACAAUAGAUUUACUGGGGAAAUCAGAACUCCAAGAUAAAUAAGUAUCAUAUUUAACCUGACAAGUGCACUUGCAAAACAUAAGAGGGGUGAACUAAAUAAAAAGUCACAAGGAAAAAUUUCCAGAUGAAAUCAAGGUUGAAAACAGAUUUUACAGAUGCACUUGUUAGGUUGAAUAAAGUAAAUUUGUAAAUGUGAUGCUGUAAAAUAUCUUGCAUGAAUAAAUUAUGAUAAUUAAUCAACAAGUAUUUAGAUAAGCUGAAUCAUUUUCACCAUUAUUUUGAGUAUGACCUUUUAAUGAAGUCAAUGAAUUCUGGUACAAGAUGAAAUCAUGCUGAAGUAUUUUAUUUUUCCCAGCAAUUCAGAAUUUCUGUAUUUGUAUUUCUAAAUAUCUGUGAAAUAUAUUAUGUGCCAUUAAGAAAAACAUUGUAACGAAAAGGUGACACGCCCAUUAUAAUUGCUGUAUACAUGUGUUUUAUAUAUCGUUAAUGAUGUCGUUUUGGUCCUACCUGUAAAACAAUGAUUUAUAUACUCCACUUGCACAACCUGAGUUCAAACAUGUACAUAAGUGUUCAGGUGUACCUUUUUUAUGACAUUGUUUGAAACCUGUCAAUCGUUAUGAUGUUUCAUUUUAAUACUUAAUUGGUAGGUUUUUCCAGUUUGGAGGGGGGUGGAUAUGGAAAGGAGAGAAAAAACUCAAACAGGACAAUAAUCUGUCAUUGUUGUUGUUAUUGUUUUUGUUGUUGUUAUUUACCUUACGAUUGCGUGUCACAUCUUAUAAUGUUGUACAUGUAUUAAUCAAUAGAUUUCGCCAAGUAGCUAAAAGGAUAUAAAGUUGUCCUUGAAUUCAAGAAUACCAUAAAAAGAUAUUUCCUUGGUGUGAUCCUUGCUACCAAAGUCAAAAUGACGAGCUGGUAAAUUUUACCAAUGAUGUUAAAAGACAUUUGAGAGUUUUGUUGAAUGUUAUGCUUCCUGUUUGGAACAUACAAAUAAACAACUAUUAGUAGGUACUGUGGAUGUGUACAGAUAAACAACUACUAGUAGGUACUGUGGAUGUGUACAGAUAAACAACUACUAGUAGGUACUGUGGAUGUGUACAGAUAAACGACUACUAGUAGGUACUGUGGAUGUGUACAGAUAAACAACUACUAGUAGGUACUGUGGAUGUGUACAGAUAAACGACUACUAGUAGGUACUGUGGAUGUGUACAGAUAAACAACUACUAGUAGGUACUGUGGAUGUGUACAGAUAAACAACUAGGUACUGUGGAUGUGUACAGAUAAACAACUACUAGUAGGUACUGUGGAUGUGUACAGAUAAACGACUACUAGUAGGUACUGUGGAUGUGUACAGAUAAACAACUACUAGUAGGUACUGUGGAUGUGUACAGAUAAACAACUACUAGUAGGUACUGUGGAUGUGUACAGAUAAACAACUACUAGUAGGUACUGUGGAUGUGUACAGAUAAACAACUACUAGUAGGUACUGUGGAUGUGUACAGAUAAACGACUACUAGUAGGUAUUGUGGAUGUGUACAGAUAAACAACUACUAGUAGGUACUGUGGAUGUGUACAUAUAAACAACUACUAGUAGGUACUGUGGAUGUGUACAGAUAAACAACUACUAGUAGGUACUGUGGAUGUGUACAGAUAAACAACUACUAGUAGGUACUGUGGAUGUGUACAGAUAAACAACUACUAGUAGGUACUGUGGAUGUGUACAGAUAAACAACUACUAGUAGGUACUGUGGAUGUGUACAGAUAAACGACUACUAGUAGGUACUGUGGAUGUGUACAGAUAAACGACAACUAGUAGGUACUGUGGAUGUGUACAGAUUAACGACUACUAGUAGGUACUGUGGAUGUGUACAGAUAAACGACUACUAGUAGGUACUGUGGAUGUGUACAGAUAAACGACUACUAGUAGGUACUGUGGAUGUGUACAGAUAAACGACUACUAGUAGGUACUGAGGAUGUGUACAGAUAAACGACUACUAGUAGGUACUGUGGAUGUGUACAGAUUAACGACUACUAGUAGGUACUAUGGAUGUGUACAGAUAAACAACUACUAGUAGGUACUGUGGAUGUGUACAGAUAAACAACUACUAGUAGGUACUGUGGAUGUGUACAGAUAAACAACUAGGUACUGUGGAUGUGUACAGAUAAACAACUACUAGUAGGUACUGUGGAUGUGUACAGAUAAACAACUAGGUACUGUGGAUGUGUACAGAUAAACAACUAGGUACUGAGGAUGUGUACAGAUAAACGACUACUAGUAGGUACUGAGGAUGUGUACAGAUAAACGACUACUAGUAGGUACUGUGGAUUUGUACACUGUCAGAUAGAUUUUGGAUCACCAUCUUUAUUUUUUACUUUUUAUUUUCUCUCUUAUAUUUCAUAAUCUGAAUUUAAGGAGCUCAUUCUUCUAACUUUUAGAUCUAGAGUUUUGGAAUGUAGAGUUACCAAGAGGCCCAAUGUGCCUGUAUCACUUACCUGUUGUACAGCUUGUAAAGAGAAGACUACUGAACACUAAAUGAAUACCAUUUCUGUUCAGUAACUGGUGCUUGUCAUAUAUCCUAACCCUGGGAUUUUAAUGUAAGCAAAGUUGAAUCCCUGUCACAUUAAAAGGUCAUCAAGGUCAUUGAUUUGAACACAUUUUCAUUUGAGCAUACUAAUGAUAUCAUGAUUCUGGGCCUUUGAAUUAUCAAGAGGUGUCAUUCAAUAAGUAUUAACACAUUUGACCCCUGUAACACUGAACAAACUGGCCCAGUAGCAAGAACCUGGGCCUUUCAGUUAAUGAGAAGUUGUUUAAAGAUUUUAACAAAUAUGACCUCUGUGACCUCAAGGUCAUUCAUGUCAAGGUACUUGCUAGCCCUUAAUCAGUUUUCUAGCACUUACAAGCCUGUACAUUGGUGGACCAUGCAUAAAGAAGAUGUAUAGUACACAUACAAUAUGUUGAGAGUUUGUAUGAAUGUGUGUAAUGAUUGUAUGUGUUGACAACAAAAUUAUGUGUACACACGAGUGCGAGUUAUUUUGAGGAUGUUGUAUUUAUUCACAUAAGUAUUAUUUACCCAAAGCACCUUGUUCAUGUACACAUUUAAACAAGUAUUAGUUCUAUUGAAAUGUACCAAUUACAUGUUUACAAGAAUAGAAUGUCUUUAUCCUGUAACAAGCCUAAGGGGACUACCUAUACACUUUUACUCAAAUAAGAGAGUGAGCUUAUUACAGGACAAAGUUUGUUCAUUCUAGCCAACCAAUUAGUGACUAUAAAUGGUUUGUCACAGUUACAUAAUAGCCAGGGUCUAUUUGAGUUUGGAGAUCCUUGUAGUACCUAGUAGCUACCUCUAGUAGCGACCUCUAGUAGCUACCUCUACUGACAGACCUAUUUCGGGCCCCUGCAUCUUUUGCUCAAAGACCAUAAUGUAGUUUGAAAAAGAAUACAACAUACUUUCUUGUUGAAAAUGAAAUAUAUUUAUGAAAAAUAAAACAAUUAAAGGUCACAUUUUUCUCUAAGCAUUUAGUGUGAAUGAGUGAGUGUGACUGUAUUUGAAUGUAUAAAAAAUUUGUCACUUUGUAAGAACAGCAGUAAUCAACUAACGAGCUGAAAUUGUAUUAAUGUCUACUUACAAAUGUACGGGUAGGUAAAUUCAUAUAUAUCUAACACAAUUGAAGACUAUUGCUUGUAACGGUACGAUAACAGGACUUAAGUAUGGUUAAGUAAAGCUAGACUUUGACAGCCAUGUACCACCAGUCAGAUAUGUUUUGGUUGGGUUCUCCACAAAAUAUGUUUAUUACAUAAUAUGUAUCAUAUGCAUGUAUUAUUAUAUCUAUCUGUGAUUUGUAAACUUAUAAACUUAUAUUUAACUUUAUUGGAAUUGUGAUAUUUGUUUGAUUUCAUUGUCGGGCACUUUUUGUUUAAGCUUUGGCCUACAUGUACUACUAUAAAGUAUACAUUUGAACAUGUACCUGACUAUAGCCUAGCUACAAUACUGGUAUUAAGACUGGCAACACUUUUAUAAAAAAAACUUAAAUAAAUUCAUUUGUCAGUCUUGAGUAAAUAAUGAUACAAAAAAUAUAUUAACUUUACUUGUAUUGGAUGAUAUCUAUGCUUUGUCAGCAUUUUAACAGUCACUAGUAUUUACCCAAUCAUUAUUCUGUAAUCGUUCGUUGGCCAGAUGUUCAUUUCUGUAAUUGAUAUAUUUUUGUUGGACAGAUAUUAUGUGUACCCACUAAGUUGUUGAAGCUGCAUUUGUUGUCUACUUAGAGCAUUAUUUUUGUAUUAGUUACAUGUAUUUAGUUGUAGUCUGUAUGAGAGAGAAAUAGAUGUCAUAUUUAUCUUGUAACAAGCCCAGGGGACCAACCGUAACCUCUCCCAAAGUAUAGGGGAUGGGUUUAUCACAGGACAGUGAAUUAAAAAACGUUGGCUUUUUUACUGAACUACAAUAGACAUGUGUACACUAU